ACCAACUUGAACCAGAACGAGUCUACUGCCCUUUUAUUAUUUGCUUAAUUAUCAUACUAUCACUAUAUAACACCCACUCAGGUUAACCCUGCAUAUAUUCUUAUCAAUGGAGUUCUCUCUCAAGAAGUCUUUUAGAUCAUCUGGGUCAUACAAGAGCAGCAGAGUUUCCCCUAAUGCCGAGGAUAAGGAUACCCGCAACCCCAAACAGGAAGAACUCCCCAUUCUCCUCCAUCUCGACGCCGUUGAUCGCCAAUGUCAUCGGCAAGGUCGCCGGCAAGAUCAAACAGUGAAAGCGGUUGAUCCUACCAAACCGAACAAUGAUAAUAACUUCGCCUCCUCCGAUUCCAGCUCUUCCUCAUUGACGUCCGUGCUAGCUAGAAACCGCGCUGGAAAUGACAUCAGUGCCGGCGAGAUCACCGUCGACAUCGACGGUUUGGAAAGUGAAGACUCAAGGCGCGGCGCAGCUGCGGAGCGCAAGAGCUUCGUGACGUCUCCAACGCCGUUGGAUAUUUCAAAGGAACUACGGGUCUCUUUUGACGUCCCCGGGCCUAACUCGCCCGAUGCGUCGGUCGAAUCAUCCAUGCACUCGACAAAAAAGAGAGGAGGCACCCUGGAGAGGAGGGUCGACGAGGUGUUGAGGUGCACGUCUAAUGCGUCGUUUCAAAGGAGGUCGUCGUUGUUGUCGAGAGUGAAAACGAGAUCCAGAUUGCAGGACCCGAAUGUGCAGGAGGACCAGAGGCUUUCCGGGUGGAUGGGUAAGUCGGGUCAACUCAAAUCGGGAAUGAUGGCAAAAGCUAUGGAGGAUGAAGAAGACGACCCAUUAGCCGGCGAAGACUUGCCGGAGGAAUACCGGCGGUUUGCCAAAUUCAACGCGUUGACGUUGAUCCAAUGGUUCAGCUUGUUGCUAAUUGUCUCGGCUCUAGUUUCCAGCCUCUCAAUUCGUUCUUGGAAAAAGAAAACCCUUUGGGAUCUCCGUUUGUGGAAAUGGGAAGUGUUCUUAUUGGUUUUAAUUUGCGGCAGGUUGGUUUCUGGUUGGGGGAUUAGAUUGAUUGUCUUCUUCAUUGAGAGGAACUUCCUUUUGCGAAAAAGGGUAUUGUAUUUCGUGUACGGAUUAAGAAAAGCCGUGCAAAAUUGUUGCUGGUUGGGUCUCGUCCUUCUCACAUGGCAUUUGCUGUUCGACAAGAAAGUUGAAGGGGAGACGAACAGCAAGUUCCUCCGUUAUGUCACCAAAAUACUAUGGUGCUUUUUGGUGGGUAAUUUGCUGUGGUUACUAAAAACCUUAAUGGUUAAAGUCCUCGCUUCUUCUUUUCAUGUGAGCACGUACUUUGAUAGGAUUCAGGAAUCCAUUUUCAAUCAAUACGUAAUUGAGACUUUAUCAGGUCCGCCAUUGGCGGAGAUACAGAGGAUUGAAGAAGAGGAAGAGAAGAUCAGAGAAGAAGUAAGUAAACUAGAAAAAGCAGGGGCUGUGGUUCCACCUGAACUUGGGUUCUCUGUUUUUCCAGCUCCUGGUAAGAGUGGAAGGAAAUCGGUUAUGGGUAAUCAGGGACAAAUUAGUGGAAGCAAGGAACUCAAGAGUAUAAAACUUCCCCCUGGGAGUUCCAGGAAGAAUGAUGAGGUGAUCCCUAUUGAUCAUCUGCAUAAACUUAACCACAAGAACAUUUCUGCAUGGAACAUGAAGAGGUUGAUAAAGAUUGUUCGUCAUGGUUCAUUGUCAACAUUGGAUGAGCAGUUACUAGAUAAUCCUAAUGAAGAUGAAUCUACAAGUCAGAUAAGAAGUGAAAAUGAAGCUAAAGUUGCUGCAAGAAAGAUUUUCAAGAAUGUGGCCAGGGAUGGAGCAACGUACAUCUACUUGGACGAUUUGCUGCGAUUUCUACGUGAAGAUGAGGCUUUGAAGACGAUGACACUUUUCGAAGGUGCAAUUGAGAAUAAAAGAAUUAGCAAAUCAUCCUUGAAGAACUGGCUGGUGAAUGCAUUUAGGGAACGAAGAGCACUUGCAUUGACACUGAAUGACACAAAGACAGCAGUAAACAAGCUUCAUCAGAUGGUUAAUGUUAUUGCUGGCGUCAUUAUAGCCGUCAUCUGGCUCCUCAUACUGGAAAUCGCCACCACCAAGUUUCUCCUCUUUGUCAGCUCUCAGCUUGUCCUCGUCGCCUUCAUUUUUGGGAAUACAUGCAAGACCAUUUUCGAAUCCAUCAUCUUCUUGUUUGUUGUGCAUCCUUAUGAUGUGGGUGAUAGAUGUGAGAUUGAUGGAAUUCAGAUGGUGGUGGAGGAGAUGAAUAUUCUUACAACCAUGUUUUUGAGAUAUGAUAACCUGAAGAUCAUACACCCAAAUAGUGUACUUUGGCAAAAACCAAUCAGCAACUUUUAUCGCAGUCCUGAGAUGGGAGAUGCAGUUGAAUUCUGUGUCCAUAUUUCCACACCUGCAGAGAAGAUUGCUGCCAUCAAACAGAGAAUUUCAUGUUAUCUUGAUAGCAAGAAGGAGCACUGGUGUUCUGGUUUCAAGAUUGUGUUUAAAGAUGUGGAAGAGUUGAAUAAGGUGAAAUUUGCAGUGUGGACAAGUCACGUAAUGAACCAUCAAGACAUGGGAGAAAGGUGGAGUAGGAGAUCACUUUUGGUAGAGGAAUUGGUCAAAAUUCUUAAUGACCUUGACUUGCUCAUCCCACUUGACAUCAAUCUCCGCCCCAUGCCAUUGCUGCCUCCUCUUGUCUCCUCUAGUCGAUUCCCUGCUACUUGGACAUCUCCCUCCCCUGAUAGUUAAGACAGAAUUAAGCUUCAAUUACUAAUUUAUUAAUUAAUGACCAAAAAUUGAUAAUCAUUAGCUGCUAAUUAUUAGUUAAUUUGUUUAUCCAUUCAUGAAGUUAGAUGUUUUUGUUUCUUUUUGUGCCAUUAAUAGGUUUUCUAAGUAAUCCAAAGUAACACAUUAAUGUGUUCUUGGUUCUUAAUUAGAUUUU